GCAGUAUUUGUUAAUGAUCCAAAACUUUCUGAUGUGAAGCAGUUAUUAGCUUCGAAUGGUUUCCGAGCUGAAUUCAGUUCCGGUGUAUUAUAUAUAAACAAUAUUGCAAGUAUUCGACGUAAUGAAGCUGGUCGCUUUCAUGUAGAAGGCUGUGCAUGUGAAGAUUAUUACAAAAUAAGGGAUAUCGUUUAUGCACAAUUUGCAGUUGUGUAG